AUGUCGCCAUUUCAUUCCGGCGCCUGGAAAGAUGGGAGAUCUCUGGAAGUGGAGGCUGAAGGUCGUCUCAUCAUUCCCAACCGCAAGCUUCUGAGUAGUACAAUGAAGAUCUCUGUGGGCCUGGUUACGGUGAUUGCGAGACUUUCGAUACUGGCCUCCCUCUCUGACAUACCUGGGGAAACACAGGUGGUCGAAACAGCUGGCGAGAACUAA